AUGUGCCGCUUCGCUGAUGCCGAUGGCACUUCCACAACCCAGGCCCCGACCGACCGCGGUCUGUUGCCUACCAACAUUGUCCCUCGUCACUACGACGUGACGCUGGAACCGAACUUUGAGACGUUCCGAUUUGACGGUCUUGUCAAGAUUGAUGUGGACUUCGCCGAAGACUCCAGCAGCAUCACUCUGCACGCCCUCGACAUCGACAUUAAGCAUGUUGCGGUGGUCUUGGACGGACAGGCGACGACCCUGAGUAGCGCAGACAUAAGCCAUAAUGAGGACAGGCAGACCAGCACGUUUGAACUCAAGAAGACUGUGUCUCAGGGCACGAAAGGCCAGAUCGAAAUCAAGUUUGAGGGUGAAUUAAAUGACAAGAUGGCCGGUUUCUAUCGUUCCACCUACAAGAAGGCCGACGGCUCCACGGGCAUUAUCGCAACCAGCCAGAUGGAGGCCACCGACUGUCGCCGAGCGUUCCCCUGCUUCGACGAGCCUGCCCUCAAGGCCGAGUUUACCGUCACGCUGAUUGCCGACAAGAACCUCACCUGCCUCUCCAACAUGGACGUGGCCGAGGAGACGGAUGCCCACAAUGGCAAGAAGGCAGUCAAGUUCAACAAAUCGCCCCUGAUGUCCACCUACCUCAUCGCCUUCAUCGUUGGCGAGCUGAACUAUAUCGAGACGACAGCCUUCAGGGUGCCCAUUCGGGUUUACGCGCCGCCAUCCGAGGACAUUGAACAUGGUCGCUAUGCCCUUGAUAUUGCGGCCAAGGGUCUGGAGUUCUACGAGAAGGAAUUCGGGAUCGAGUAUCCGCUGCCCAAGCUCGAUCAGGUUGCCAUGCCUGACUUCGCGGCGGGCGCCAUGGAGAACUGGGGUCUCAUCACCUACCGCACUGUUGAGGUCUUGUUCAACGACAAGACCAGCGGUGCCGUGGUCAAGGAGCGAGUGUCUUCGGUCAUUCUGCACGAGCUGGCGCACCAGUGGUUCGGUAACCUGGUGACGAUGAAGGAAUGGCAGUCUCUCUGGCUGAACGAGGGCUGGGCCGAGUUCGGUGCUCGCUACUCCCUCAAUGCCCUUCACCCUGAGUGGAAGCUCAAGGAAUCCUUCGUAUCCGAGGAUCUGCAGUCGGCUUUGUCGCUCGAUGGUCUCCGUAGCAGCCACCCUAUCGAAGUACCAGUCAGCCGCCCAGAGGAGAUCAACCAGAUCUUCGACAGCAUCAGCUAUGCCAAAGGCUCUUGCGUUGUCCACAUGCUGUCCGAUUACCUCGGCGAGGAGGUCUUCAUGGAGGGCGUGCGCAAAUACUUGAGGCGUCACAUGUAUGGCAACGCCAGCACAGAGCAGCUGUGGGAGGCCCUGAGUGAGGUGAGCGGCAAGGAUGUUGCUACCAUCAUGGGCCCCUGGACCAAGCAUGUCGGCUACCCUGUUGUAUCAGUCACCGAGAACGGAAGUGACGUUCGUCUUGAGCAACACCGAUUCCUCACGACUGGCGAUGUCAAGCCCGAGGAUGAUCAGGUCCUCUACCCUGUGUUCCUCAACCUACGCACCAAAGACGGCGUGGAUGGCGAGCUGACCUUGAAGAGCCGGGACUCGAGCUUCAAGCUCGGCGAGGCUGGCGAGUUCUUCAAGAUCAACGCCAACUCCGCCGGUUUCUACCGCACGCAAUACACCAGUGACCGCCUCGAAAAGCUCGGCAACGCCGCUGACAAGUUGACGGUGCAGGACAGGGUCGGCCUCGUCGCUGAUGCCAGCGCUCUAGCGACUUCUGGAUACCAAAAGACCUCAGCCAGUCUCGGCCUCUUCCGCGCCUUGAGCAGCGCUGGCGAGUCUGAGUUCCUAGUCUGGGAUCAAAUUCUUUCCCGCCUGGGCUCUAUCCGCAUGGCAUGGAUCAGAAGAUCAGCACAUUGUGGAUGCCAUUAUGAAAACAUGUUCAAGAAGUUUAUGGACGAGGGAGAUCGAUCGGCUGUCCACCCCAACAUCCGCGGUAGCGUUUUCUCCCUCAACCUGAAAUACGGUGGCGAGAAGGAGUAUAAUGAUGUUCUCGACUUCUACAUGCACAAGGCCAAGAGCAGCGAUGAACGUAACUCUGCGUUGCGCACACUCGGCCAGUCGCGCAAGAUGGUGCAGCAGACGCUUGAUCUCUUGCUUAGUGGCAAGAUCCGAGACCAGGACGUGUAUCUGCCCAUCGGCGGCCUGAGAGCCAGUCGCGAGGGUAUUGAGGGGCUCUUUGAGUGGAUGCAGAAGAACUGGGACGCCAUCUCGGCCAAGUUCCCGGCAUCAUCGCCAAUGAUUGGCAACGUGGUGGCCUACUGCGUCGGCGGUCUGAGCACGCAGGCGCAGCUCGACCAGGUGACCGCGUUCUUCGAAAACAAGGGCACAGCCGGCUUCGACCGGUCUCUGGCGCAGGCGACGGACUCGAUCAAGGCGAAGAUGUCGUGGAAGGCUCGGGACACGGACGAUGGAUCGGCAACAGCGGAGGUAGACCUGUACAUGUAUAUACCCACGCCCGAGGUGAUUUGCCACAGAUGUGAGAGCUUGUGGCAUCACGGCGUACGGCGUACGGCGUGCGAGAAACCCGAACCUGCCAAGGGAGGCUCUGAGAAGGGUCCAUGGCCCCCAGUUGGAAAAGCCGCAGAAUUUGAUACCCAGCAAGCCAGCAAGGCGCUCCAUCGAAUCAUGAGCGCUAGUGGUGGGGAGCUCAAGGAAUGCUGA